UUAAGACCUUUUUCUUUUCAUUACCUUUGUAAAUUGCAGGAUGUCUGUCGACAAUGUUUAUGGCCGCGUAGAGCAGUAUAGGAACGCAUGAUAAACAUUCAUUAUUUCGCUUCUGACAUUUUUUCACCAACACUCGCAAUUCGACUCCCAUCACCUUAUAGGUUAUCAAAUCUAUUUACAGAUUAAGUCAGAAGCCGAUUCAUAUCGAUAAUCAAGAGGUCGCUUCGCCAACGAGUUGACUUCGUCAGGUGCAUAGCCUACAGCUCAGUUCAGUAGGCGAGCCAACGAAAAAAAAGAACUGCGAGAAAACAGAACCACCCACAGAAGAUUUAUAGAGAUGGCGAAGGCAGACCAGCGCUUUGGGCAGAGAGAUGGCUCCGACCAGAACUUUGACUACAUGUUCAAGCUCCUCAUCAUUGGAAACAGCAGCGUGGGAAAAACCAGCUUUCUGUUCCGCUACGCAGACGACUCGUUCAGCAACUCUUUCGUCAGCACAGUGGGCAUCGACUUCAAAGUCAAGACUGUCUACAGGAAUGACAAGAGGGUUAAGCUCCAGAUAUGGGAUACAGCAGGGCAGGAGAGGUACAGGACUAUCACCACCGCUUACUACAGAGGAGCUAUGGGCUUCAUCCUCAUGUACGACAUCUGCAAUGAAGAGUCCUUCAACGCUGUGCAGGACUGGGCUACCCAGAUAAAAACCUAUUCGUGGGAUAACGCUCAGGUCAUCAUGGUGGGCAACAAGUGUGAUGUGGGCGAGGAGAGGGUGGUGCCCACAGAGAAGGGGAAGCACUUGGCUGACCAAUUAGGGUUCGAGUACUACGAGGCCAGCGCCAAGGAGAACAUUAAUGUCCGCCAGGUGUUUGAGCGGCUGGUCGACAUCAUCUGCGUCAAGAUGUCCGAGCGAGUGGACGUGGAGCCACCCAUGGUCCCCGGCGUCAAGACUACCAGACUUACCGACAAGCCCCCCCAGUUACCUCAGAAGUGCACCUGUGCCUGACUCACACUUAUAGGGCUGAGCCAAGCCAUGCCGAGCCGUACUUGGCUGGCCUGGUUACGCUUCUACCAUAGUUGCUGGAACCAUGCUGGAAAAUACCAUUUGAAUAGAAACUGUCCGAGCCAGCACCGUGCGGUUGGGGUUGGCCCUAUAGUAUGAGUGAGCUACUACUGAUUUGGCCCCUCAGUUCUCCACUACGAUACUUGCCAUUCAAAUCAAAAUCAAAUUUAUUUAUUUAUAUAUCCCUUCGUACAUCAGCUGAUAUCUCAAAGUGCUGUACAGAAACCCAGCCUAAAACCCCAAACAGCAAGCAAUACAGGUGUAGAAGCAUAGGGGCUAGGAAAAACUCCCUAGAAAGGCCAAAACCUAGGAAGAAUCCUAGAGAGGAACCAGUCUAUGAGGGGUGGCCAGUCCUCUUCUGGCUGUACCGGGUGGAGAUCAUAACAGAACAUGGCCAAGAUGCUCAAAUGUUCAUAAAUGACCAGCAUGGUCAAAUAAUAAUAAUCACAGUAGUUGUCGAGGGUGAAGCAAGUCAGCACCUCAGGAGUAAAUGUCAGUUGGCUUGUCAUAGCCGAUCACAAAGAGUAUCUCUACCACUCCUGCUGUCUCUAGAGAGUUGAAAACAGCAGGUCUGGGACAGGUAGCAUUCCACUACUGUUCUUUCCCAACUCCCUGUAAAGCUAAUACAAGUUCCACAAACCUCUUUCCAAAAAGGUAGCCAACUAUACAAUGUAAUUUAUCAAGCUACCAAUAACCACUACUACUACCACUACCACCAAAAACUACUACCAUCAAUAACUACCACUACUACGACUAUUUACAUAUGUUUCCCCCCUGUCGCCUUGACCUCCAGCUGGUUCAGAGGUCAGGGAACACUAAGCAGGGUAUACAGGUAAGCACAGCAUUGCCUCUAUCCUCCAAAAAGUGGCUUCACCACCGCACAAAGAAACACAAGACCACAUCAGUUUGCAUUACAAGUUUACACGGGUUAGGAGACGAGCCUCGAUAGCUACAUAGUCUUCAAAUUCAGAAUAAUUUGGUUUAGUGCUCUUGUUGACCGUCCUUUACAAGCACUAAAGCGAAGACAAACUAACCACUGGAUACAGACAUCAGUUCAAUCUAGUUUUGAUUUACAUUUGGUUGAGUUGUCAACUAACGUGAAAUCAACAAAUUCACCAUGAUAUUGGAUUUAGGUUAAAAGUUGGAUAGGAAAUAUAUAUAAAUGCCCUUAUGUUGAUGACUUUUUGCAAAUCAAAUCAGUUUUCCACAUUGAUUCAACAUCAUCACAUAUAUGUUUGGGGUUGAAAUUAUGUAGAAACAACAUUGAUUCAACCAGUUUUUGCCCAGUGGGUAACAAUCUUCCCUGUAGAUGUUUGAGUCUUAACAAUAUGCAGUGCAACUGUCUCUUGAAGAGGUAGUAACAAUGGUACACUGUUGACAUGGCAAGAUGUCCAAUACGUCUUUCACCACCAACACUAAGCCAAUGCCAUGUACAGGCAGUUCUGACAUUCUGAGGGACUAUAUAGAAUAUAGAUGUUCAUUGGAGAGCACACUCUUUAUCCUUCAGCUAAUAUCAUCUCCUGGCCGUUAUGUAAGCCAUGUUUAUGUACAGUGUUUAUUUCAUGAAAAUGUGUGUGUUUUAGAGAGCAAAGCAGUCUAUUGUUGUGUAUGGCACAUAACUGAGUGUUCAGUUGUAACGGUUUCAUUUGUGUAUCAUGUAACUUGGGCAGAGGUACAUGUCAACAUCAAAAAACAUUGUGAAAUGGAAGAGACAGAAAAUUAUAUUUUAAAAUGUUCUGCUUAAAAAAAAACAAUGGCAAAAUCUUAAACAUAUUCUGCAAAGUAGCACGUUUUUAAGUGUAGCUUCCCACCAUGUGUAUUUUCAGUUUUAUGUUUAAAUGUCUUAAUAUAAUGAUUUAGUAUGUGAAUUUGUAAAUCAUAGUUCAAAUCUAUAAUGGUGUUUGCUGAAUUUAUUUUGAUGCUGUAUUAUGGGAAGAAAUAUAGACCAUUAAUGUGAACUUGUUGUUACAGUGAACUCCUAGACAAAGUGGGAGAAAAGCACAAAGUGAUUGUACAACAUUUUGUGGAUGUUAGUAUAUUAUAAAUGCAAUUUAGUAUAUUAAAAAGCACAACUCUACUUUAA